CUUUCUCCUCUGGGUACCAGCUCCUUACUGCCUGCAGACUUGCGUGUUUGUGGCCCAGUGAAGAAAGAGAUCCAAAAGUCUGUGUUCACAGACACCUCCAGGCAAGAAAAAGAGCAGCAAACUACCCCGCAUCUGCGGCACAGCUGGAAACAACAUCAUGCAAAAACCCUGCAAAGAAAAUGAAGGAAAGCCCCAGGGCAGCGUGCCAAAGAGGGAGGAGGAACGUCCCUACGGAGAAUUUGAACGCCAGCAAACGGAAGGGAAUUUUAGACAGAGGCUGCUUCAGUCUCUCGAAGAAUUUAAAGAGGACAUAGACUAUAGGCAUUUUAAGGAUGAAGAAAUGACAAGAGAGGGAGAUGAGAUGGAAAGGUGCUUGGAGGAGAUAAGGGGUCUGAGAAAAAAAUUUAGGGCUCUGCACUCUAACCACAGGCAUUCUCGGGACCGUCCAUAUCCCAUUUAAAGCACUUACUCCUGAAAUCAUUUACUUUCUGUUAUUAAUUUUGCCAAUGGUUUCUUGUAUCUGCAUUUUCUUGCUUAACAUUUGCUUUUAUUUUACUCCAAUCCCUCAGAUGUUGAUUUAUUUACAUGAUUCUUAUCAACAUCUCAUCUUUUGACCCCAUCACACUCUUUAAUAAGGGGGCUCACUCAUUUAAAUGGGAAGAUGCUCAUCAUAUAUUGUAAACACACUACAGAGCAAUAUAUAUGUAUGUAUAUAUAUACCUUAUAUGUACAUUUAUAUAUGACAAAAUGCAAAGCAAAAUGUCUG